AUGGCUUCCUUCCUUCUCGUGUGCUCUCUCAUCCUGAUGAUGGGCUCUCUCUUCCUCGGUUCCGCAGCCGGCGAACCCAUCUACAGUUUAUGCAAUAAGAAAACAAACUACACGAGCAACAGCACCUACCAGGCCAACCUCGGUCGCCUCAUCUCCUCCCUCUCUUCGUCGGCCCCCGCCACCGGCUUCGCCAACGACACUGCCGGCGAGGUCCCCGACAGGGUUUAUGGCCUCGCGAUAUGCCGAGGGGACGUCGCCGCAAGCAGGUGCCGGGACUGCCUCGCCGGCGUCGCCAGGGACGCCGCAGCGGGAUGCCCCGGAAAUAAGGGCGCCACCAUCUUCUACGAGUUCUGCCACCUGCGUUACUCCGGCCAGAACUUCUUCGGCUCGUCUACGGGGACGGAAAUCUCCAUGUGGAACACGGGAAACGUCUCGGACGUGCCCACCUUCGACCGCCUAUUGGGGGAGCUCCUGGACAACCUGACCAUACGCGCCUCCUCGUCGGAGAGGAGAUUCGCCACCGGAGUGGUGGACUUCACCAGCUUCCAGAAGAUAUACGCGCUUGUCCAGUGCACCAGAGAUUUAGCGCCGGAGACCUGCAACACUUGUCUAAUGGACGAGAUCAGCUAUAUUCCCCAGUGCUGUGAGGCAAAAAAAGGGGCGAGAGUGAUCGGUGGGAGCUGUUACCUCCGGUACGAAGUAGCUCCCUUCUUUAAUCCCUCCGCCGCCGCCGACCCGCCAGCGCCUCCUCCUCCCCCUUCCGUACCAGCUAACAUGUCUCCGCCGCCUGUAGGGACCACCGCUGCAGCAGGUAAAAGCUAA